AUGACAGAAGGUGAAUAUCCUAAAGCGGAAAGUGCCAGACCUUUUCUACCAGAAGAAGAAAAAGAAUUUGUAAAACUCUUCAAUAAACAAAAAUUCAGACCUAGAACUGCUAUUUUUAAAGUCUGGUUUGAAUAUCCUACCAACAUGUUCUUUCAACCCAUACCAGCUAAAGAUAAAAUAAAUUUUACGAAUAGAAUAGAAAUAGUGAAAUCCGGUGGUAAAAUUAUUAAAAUAUUAGAUGGAAUAGUAUACGAAGAAAAUUUUAAAACUCCACCAUACAGAGUUUAUAUUUUAAUUUUGAAGGAAUUAAGGAAUAAAUACAAAAAAGAAGGAGAUAUGGUUGCUAGUAAUUGCAUGAAAUUAUUAGGUAAUUCCUUAUACGGUAAAUCUAUUCAGAAUGAUAUAAAUACAUCGAGACAUCUAUGGAGUGAAGCGACUUUUAAAGCCAACUUCGAUUCACACGUCAAAAGCUAUGAAAAAGUAAAUGAUAGUCAAUAUAUAGUUGAGAUGAAUGAAGGAGAAAAAGAGUUUGUUCCUCCAAAGGAUUUUACUAGAUUAACACCCGCUCAUUCAGGUGCAUUUAUAUUAUCUCACAGUAAAAAAAUAAUGAACAAUUUCAUUCACGUAAUAGAUGGAUUUUAUAAGCCGGAAAUAUACUAUACAGAUACUGAUAGUUUAUACAUUUCGUCUAGCAAUUGGGAUAAAUUAAAUGAAGCUGGGUUGGUGUCUGAAAACGAAUAUAGCAAAGGGAAGAAGGAUUAUGGUGAUGGUGGAAUCAUAUUUGGUUUAUAUUUAGCGCCAAAAGUAAAAUACAAUAUCAUUCUAACUUCCGACGGUAUUCUAAAAGAAAAGAAAACGUUAUUCCUAAUGAAAAACAAAAGAAAGUUUUCAGAAGUUAUCUGA